CUUCUUAAACGGAAGUCAAAGAAAAUAUGAUGUGCUACGACUUCGUACAGAGGAUUUUUGGCCGCCCACUUUAGAGUCGUCAUGAGUUGGUCAGCAGACACAAGGCUGCGACCACAGCAAAGACUUGACACAAAAUGGCUGAAGACCGACAUUCAGGCGGCGUUUCAGCGUGAUGGCCUCAGUCAGCUGUGGAAUGAACUUGUGAAGGAUGGGGAAAUAGCUGCCAGCAAUAAUGAUGGUCUAAUCAACAGUGCUGGCGUCCUUGCAAGGAAAGGGGAGACUGGGAAGUAUUACUGUGGUAUGUGGGGCCUGACCUGCAGAUGUUGUAAUGGACACUGUGGCCCGAACAAUGGAUGUAACUGUACACCCUGUCAACAACUGGAUAGAGAAGAGGACGCACGACAACAGGAGGAGGCUCACCGACCCAAACCCUCCUCACCCAUCAUAGACUCCUGGACAUGGGAACAACAACCAGACACAAACCAGCUGCGGGAAUGCCUGACGUCCCAGCUGUACGAGCACCAGAAGCUUUGCACAGAGGCUGCCUGCAGCUCCAUGUCUGUGACUCGCCUACAGCAGCGCCUCGCCGUCAUGGAGCGCUACUUUGUUGCUCUCAGUCGCCAGACACCAGCGGAGGGUCGCACACCCACCAAGAAAAGCCAGGCAAACCAGACCAAUCUCAGCAAACAGAAAAGUUCCGUAAAGCCCGCAGAGAAAGCCACUAUGGGUUUAGCUCGUGUUGGAUCACGGGCUGCCCUCGGUUUCGCUUUUGCAUUCCUACGCCGUGCCUGGCGAUCGGGUGAGGAUGCCGACUUGUGUAGUGAGCUGCUGCAGGAGUCCCUAGAGGCACUUCAAUCCCUCCCUGAGGCCACAUUGUUUGAUGAGGGGUCCGUGUCCUCGGUGUGGCUUGAGGUCGUAGAGAGGGCAUCCAAGUUCCUACACUCUUUAGUGGCUGGUGACUUAAGUGGAAGUGCUAGCUCCAAGGCACCAAGCAAAAUCCCGGUUCAGGACCAACAGACUGCAUUGUCUCUUUUGUUGGAACUCUCCAUUCAGAGAGGCUCAUUAAGUCACAUACUCAGCUCGGUACUUCUGCUGCUGAACCUGUGGAACAACAGUCGACACGAGUUUGACAACCGUGUGAGCAGCAGUCUCAAUAGUGCCCCACUUAUCCCUUUCCUGAAACGCUUCCAGAGCAUCCAAAUGGUCAAGUCCCGCCUGUAUGAUGUCUCGAAAUGGGAGGAGUCGGAGGCGUAUACUGUAAGUCCCACAGACUGUUUCCUACAUUAUUUGUCCUACCCGGACAACGUUAACACGCCGGUGGACCUAAAACAGUGUGCCGUCGUCAUCAUGUCCCAGCUCGACCGAUUCUCUAGUCCCUACCUACCUCCAUCACAUUCACAAAAGUCACACAGAAACAACCUCACACAGGAAGUGUACAGCUGGGGCUGGCAGGCUUGGGCAGUAGGGGCCAGCAAACAGGGACCACACCUUCUCGAGUUCUUCAUGGAUGUGGGAGGAAUUCUACAAAUCACUUGUGCUGAACGAUGUAUACUGGUGUUGGCAAAGAACGGAAAACUAUACACAAUGUAUUACAGUACAGACUCGCCGGGACUGCAGUUGGUGACUGGUUUCGGUGACCGAGAAGUAGUCAAGAUAUCGUCUCAUCCUGACGGGAAACACUUCUUGGCCCUUUCUAGCGAUGGCGAAGUAUUCUCAUGGGGAAAUGGGGACGGAGGUCGACUAGGACACGGAGACAAUAUAUCUCUUGAGGAGCCAACUUUGAUCUCGGCCCUGACGGGUAAACAGAUUGUACAGAUAUCGUGUGGGAGUACGUACAGUGCCGCCCGUACAGUGAACGGCGAGCUGUACACGUGGGGCCGAGGUAAUUACGGUAGACUGGGACACGGCAGUACAGAUGACCAGUGUCUACCAGGUCUCAUCAAGACACUAAAAGGCCACCGCAUCCUAGACGUGGCCUGUGGCAGUGGGGACGCCCAGACCAUCGCCGUCAGCGACACAGGUGCUGUGUACUCUUGGGGUGAUGGUGAUUACGGAAAGCUUGGACGUGGAGGCAAUGACGGGUGUAAGACACCAAAGGUCGUAGAGAGGCUCAUCGGCCAGGAUGUGUACCGUGUAUUCUGUGGAGCUCAGUUCAGCCUCGCUCUCACUCGCUCAGGCGGGGUUUUCGCAUGGGGGAAGGGAGAUAACCACAGAUUGGGCCAUGGGUCUGAGGAUCAUGUACGGCAUCCCAAACAGAUUGAAGCUCUUGCCGGUAAGAAGGUUGUGGAUAUAGCUAUUGGCUCCAUGCACAGUGUAGCCCUGACUGAAGAUGGUGAGGUGUAUGGAUGGGGACGCAACGAACACGGACAGAUCGGAGAUCCCUCUAACAACACAAUUCCAGAACCCUCUCUGCUCACGGGCGCUGAUGGGAGGAACAUCAUCGGGGCUGCGUGUGGCCCUUCACAGACAUUCGCUUGGUCAUCUGGCGGUCAGUGGACUGUAGGAAACCGAGUGCCCUUCAUUGUGGAUGUCUGUAAAGGCACAUUUGACCAGCUGGAUGAACUGCUGUCCCAAGUGUGUGAGGAUAUGGACGGUCGGUCAGACUGGCCGCCCCCUCAGGACAAAGAAUGUAUCGCAGUGGCUUCCCUUAAUCUCCUCAACCUCCAGCUUCAUGCUGCAAUAUCACAAUCUGAAAAUAUGGAGAUACUUGGCUUGGGAUCUGGGAGCCCUCUGGUGACAAGUCUGAAACAGAGAGUUGUGUCCCUUGCCAGUAAUGUAGGUGUGAUGAACACAGUACAGUUGGCUGCCCAGAAUGCUCUCCAGAGUGGCUGGUCCAUCCUGUUACCCACUGCAGAGGAGAGAGCACGGGCCCUUUCAUCACUCCUCUCAAAUGGAGCUGCUGGUCGUGAUGUGGCAGUGAUGAGUCCGGGACAGAGGUUUAUGACCGAUCUUCUGGUCAGUUCCCUGAUGGCUGACGGAGGACUCCAAUCUGCUCUCGAUGCUGCAGUCAAGAAGGAAAUGUUGGAAAUAGAGGAGAAAAAGGAAAAGGACAGAGAAAAUGGAGAUGUUGAUUCAGAAAAGUCGGAAGAAACCAAAUCAGAAGACUUGCAGACAGAAAGAGAUACAGAUGAAUAUGGAGCCACCAUCCCUUUAUUACAGCUAAUACAACAGUUACUUAGAAACUCGUCAACCCACUCACUGUCCCAGCUACACAAUCUUGACCGUGACAGUGGGCUUAAGAUGGAUGACACGGACUCAAAAGAGGCGUCUCCCUCACUCGACCUCCUACUUCAGGUUCAGCGCCUCCUGGUUGCUAGGAUAUUCCCUCAGGAAAUGGACAAGCAGUUGUUCGCAAUGGAGAUCGAGCUGGAGGCCCAGGGUACAGGACAGCUGUUGAGGAAAUAUGUGUCGUUACUGUGCAAUCAUGUAUCUGACGUGUUACAGGUUGCUGUCAGUUUGUCCCACACCAGCCCCAAACACUUCUCUGUGGUCUCCAAGGUCAUACGCAAGGACGUCACAGGUAUUUUAUUGCCAGAGAUGGUGACCUGUAUGAUCCUGCUCCACUUGAAGAACCCAUUAGUAAUCUACCAAUCACGAUGCGUGUCUGUUCUGGAGGGCCUGCUUGACCUUCUCAACCAGUACAACAAGCUGGCGCCGGGUCUGGACCGCGACGACAAGGAAGACCUGGCCUGGCCAGGAGUCUGGAGUUACACACUAGAGAGGUACCUGCAGAAACCAACAGAAGAUGUACAGUUGAUCCGUAAACCUGACCUGGAGAACCACAACAAAGAUGGAGGCCUGUGGAUCGUCAUCCACGGCAAGGUGUAUGACGUCCAUGACUUCAAGUCACAGGCGCCCUGCGGCAGUGAAAUACUUCGCAAAUAUGCAGCUCGCGAUGCCACUACAGCGUUUGAGGCGGUUCAUCACCCAGACGAUGCUCGGGAGAUGAUGCAGGGUUUCUACGUGGGACAGUAUGUGGAUCCGGAGAAGGACACAGUGCAGACGUCAGACACAAGCUCUGCCUCUUCGCCCCUAAUGGACAUUGAACGGGCUCUGGGCAUGCUCCUUGGCCUGCAUGCAGCCUACAUGGCCUGUAGCACACCACUGUCCCAGGAAGAACAGGAGUACAGCCAUUGGCUACAGUCCCAGUUCUUCACAGGGGGACUUCAGGUCCUACAGCCAAAGAACCGCUUUGAGGAAGAAAAGGGCGAGAGCCGAACGCCUUCCUGUAACACAACGCCAGGUGAAUCCACUUGUAAAAGUACACCACCGACCUCCGAACCGCGACACUUCCCUGUCCAGGACAAAGAGAAGCUGUUUGACCGCCAGGCCUCCCAGGCAGAUGUGUCACGGCCGUUCCUUCAGUCUUUGGCCGAGGGUCGCACACAGGAUCACUUUACCAAAUCCUUCCUGGGAAUCAUGGAGAAGUAUUUCAAACAGCACAUGUUGCAUAUAGACUUUCAUCACGAUCACCCCAUCGAGGAAGUUGGCAGACUAUUGAUUGCCCUGUUGCUGCGUCACCAUGACCUCGGCCAUGUGGCCAUUUCUCUUGUUGAGCACGGCCAGAUGGAGCAGAGCAAGCAGCCUCUCCCCAAGUCCAUUGUGGAACUGUUCAAAGUUGUUGCUCAGGCAAAGCGUCACCUCAUCAAGGUUCAUCAAGACCAGGCAAGAUCCUACAAGGAAGUCUGUGCACCAGUUCUAGAACGAUGUCACUUCCUGUUCAAUGAACUUCGACCUGCUGUAGGGAACGAAGUGAAUGCCAUCACCCGUUCUCAGCUUUUGAAGAGUGUGCCACGUUGGAGGGAUGUUGUCAGCAAAGUCAUGACAGAGAAAAAGAAGACCAAAUGUCUGUCUGAGGUUAUAGAGGAAACAGAGACGGAGACCAAGGAGGCCAGUAUUCUGGCAAUGUCGCUGUCCCAGACAGAAGGUGCCACCGGCGGGGAGAACCCCACACCCGCACAAACCAAUGACCCACCAAGGCCAGAGGAGAAUACCGACGCGGGAGAGGUGAAGGUUUUCGCAAAGGGGACAGCCCCUCCUGUUGUUACAGAGACUCAAGCUUUAGACGCAACAGACAAAAAGGUUGAUUCGUGGAGUCACAUAGUGGGUGCAGUGACAAGUUCCCAGAAGUUCAGCUGGCUACGACAGCGACUAACCGGCUGUAAGAUGGAGAUGCCACUUGUCAACAACAUCAUUGAGUUUGUCCUCUACGAACAUCCCAUUGACAUUGAAAAGCUCCGCAGGUCUCUUCAUUAUCAGGUGGAGCGUGCCCAGUUACGACUAAAGGGUAUACAGAGCAUGCUGGGAUUGGUACACAAAGAUCACCUGAUCCCUUCCGUCAAGUACGCUGUGCUAUGUGGAUGGCAAGGGCUCCUCACUGUCGGCAAAAUGGCCUGUGAACCAGUCCCCCACUGCCUGUCCAAUGUGAAGCUUAUCCCACCGUGUGACCGGAUCCUCCUGGAGCUCGCUUUCUCUCACCUGUACAGGUGGGCUAUUAAUGAGCUCCGUAACGGCAUCAUACAGUCCGACAUGAUGUUUAAGGCCCGGGGCAUCAAUCCAUCUACCCCAAGUACUGACUCAGGAAAGGAGAGACUUAGCCUUGGUGCGCUGCCUCACUCACGCUUCCUCCUGGCCACGAUGGGUAUCCUGGUGUCGGAGCACCAUUCUAACAGUCUCAGCCUCCUCAUGAACUCGGGUGUCUUGGGACUUACACAGACCCUGUUACGUCUGGCAGGCCCAGAUCCAGAGCGGAUGAUACAGGACAACUCCAGCUCUAUAUGUGCUGUCCUUGAGGAGCAGAAACACAAGAAACAGUCACAACCUGUUCCCAUCUCUGGGCCAGAGUUGGCGGCAAUGAUGAAAAUCGGGAUGCGAGUUGUUCGUGGUGUGGACUGGAAAUGGGGAGACCAGGAUGGACCUCCCCCCAGUAUGGGGCGAGUGAUUGGAGAGCUGGGAGAGGAUGGCUGGAUACGUGUCCAGUGGGACACUGGCAGUACCAAUAGUUACAGAAUGGGCAAGGAGGGCAAGUAUGACCUCAAGCUGGCCGAACCCCCAGAGAUGCCUGAUAAUGAUGAAGAUGAGGAUGAAGAACUAGACAUUGACUCCAACAAACCAGAAAGUAGACACCCCACUGCCUUGUUAAGGAGGUCCUCCCUUCACCUGCUGCGCUCACUGGCAAUCUGCUGUGCUUUGCACUCCGAAACCACCCAGAAAGAGGCUGUCAAUUCUUUGUGCGGACUGAUGAGGAACAUCGUGGACAGUGGUUGUAACUAUGGACUCAACUCCAACUCUGUGUCAGCCCAGGUAGCCUGUGAGCAACACCACAGCUGGUGCACCCUGGGAUUCAUGCGAGCCAUUGCCACGGGGACGUCAAUAUGUCACGCCUUCAGCACCCAGCGCUGGGUAGAUCUACUGCUGAGGAUGCUGGAAGAGGACAACACAUUACAACUAGCAAAGAGUGUCACUAGACAAAUUCUUACUCUGAAGUUCUUGAGAGCAGUUCUGCCAUCUUGGGACCCGUCAGUGAAGGAGUCGAGGGUGAAGGUCAUUGUAAAACAGCUGUUUGAGAUGUUGGGACGUAUCCUGAUGUCCUGUGUGGCUGACCCCACACUUCUGCCUCAGAUGGACACUCCCAGGAAGGGUCAUAAACAGCGGGCUCCAGUGUCUCUGACCGCAUCCUACACCAGUACCAUCGCAGAAGAGCUUGUCGCCCUGCUACGGAAGCUGCACACAUGUGAAUGCUGGAACAAGCACAUCAACAACUACAUCAUCUCGCGCCUCUCAAGUAUAUCCACACUGAUGGUGGACAGAGUGCAGCCCUCCAAUGAUGAUCCAUGCAUAGUGAUGUCACCAGACCCCCAGCGAGGUGUCAUGGCCGCCCUCACUCUGAUUGGUGGGAUUGACAACAGGCCACACCUGGGAGGAAGGGUCUGUCAUGAUCUGUUUCAUCAGGGCACCAUUGCCCGUAUCACACCUAAGGGAAAAAUACAUGUCCAGUUUGACGAUGGUUUUCUCCGAGCCUGUAGACUUACGGAAUUGUCUGCUUGUCAAAGUGUGGAGUUUUGUGUGGACAAGCUGCCAAUGAAUGACCGUGUUUGUAGCAUGUGGUCAGGGUUGAUCAGUCUGGCCAGCACCGUGUCCAAGCCCGACAAGGACCUGAUCAAAGACCGCGCCCCACUGGCUGCCAGUAUGGCUAGUGUGGAGUCCGAGCUCCUCUCAUCCGUGUCCUUUGACAUAUGUGACCUGCGACGCCAGCAGUUGCGUCUCUGCCUUAUCAGGGCUUGUCGUGUGCUGUUCAGUCGUCAGGAAAAGCUACGCCUCAUUAUGAGUCAGAGCGUGAACCAAGAGGCGGUGCCUGCGCCUGAUCCAGAUCUGUCUGGCAGCGAUGAUGAGCUGGGUGAUGGACCAGAGGCGCCCUCUACAAUACUUCAGCAGCUGAUGCUGAGUGCCACACAACCUUCACCGCUAAAGGCUGUGUUCACACGGGAGGAGCUAGAGGCUGCCGCCCUGGCAGUAUGUCAGUACCUAACUGCUGCUAGUUUGCUGGAUCUAGACGAGACCGACUCAUCGGACUCUGAAAGCGAGCAUGAAGCGUCAGUGCCGUACAAGACUCAAACAUCAGCCAAUACAACCAGCAGCCGAACAACAAAGACCAAAAAAUCCAAGGCCUCUUCCCAGCAGCCUCCUCCAACUGCAGUCGUUACACAGAUAAUGGAGAUGGGCUUCCAGAGGAAGCAUGUGGAAAUGGCUAUUAAAUCUAUGGCUGGAGGAUCACUGCUGGCCGAGGGAGACAACCCUCGCCCCGAGGCACUAGUCAACUGGCUGAUAGAACACCCGGAGGUCAGCACACACGAGGAGUCGGACACAGAGAGCCUGUCCUCUGUAGACUCCUACUCCGAGUCCGACUCCACCUCGGAGGACUUUGACGAUCUCGACAUAGCCUACGAUGCCAAUUCUAGUCUCGUGGUGAGUCAGCAGAUUUCGAGCGAGCUAGGAGCGACUGGUACAGUACAGACGUACAAGAGGCGGUCAGAUUUCCUAAGCAAUGACGAGUAUGCGAUGUAUGUGCAGGAUAACAUUCAGACAGGCAUGACUGUCAGAUGUUGUCGCACGUAUGAAGAGGUACAGGAAGGCGACACAGGAAAGGUGGUCAAGUUGGACAGAGAUGGACUUCAUGACCUGAACAUUCAGGCUGAUUGGCAAAGGAAGGAGGGAACAUACUGGGUCAGAUACAUCCAUGUGGAACUCCUUGGACAUCUAGGUCUGAGUACUGGUUCAUCUCAACCCAUUAAAGUUGGAGACAAGGUACGAGUCAAACCAAGUGUGACGAUGCCCACCUACAAAUGGGGUUCUGUGACACAUCACAGUAUUGGAACGGUAACAGCUAUCAACCCUAAUGGGAGAGACCUGACUGUAGACUUUCCCCAGCAAGCCCACUGGACAGGCAUUAUUGAUGAGAUGGAGAUAGUUCCCAGUACACACCCUGGGGUCAGUUGUGACGAAUGCCAGGUCUUCCCUAUUGUGGGUCCAAGGUUUAAGUGUAAAUUGUGUGAAGAUUUCGACUUCUGUGAAAAUUGCUUUCGCUCAAAGAAACAUCGUCAUCCAUUCAACAGAAUUUCAGAACCAGGCAGUGAGCCAGUGCUGGUUGGUAAGCCAGGGAAACACAAGAAGAAGUUGUCUUUCCCACUGUCUGGCUCAAUGAUUGAUGACUGGCACAGCUGUGUGAAGAGUCUGAUGGUAUCCUCCCGGGAAAACCAGGCCCACCGUCUCAUAGAAGGCAACAGUGGCUACUGGCAGAGCUCUGGUUCACAGGGAAAGCACUGGAUCCGUCUUGAGUUACAACCCGACAUCCUGAUCCAUCGCCUCUACAUGAAGGUUGACCCUGCAGACUCGAGCUACAUGCCGUCCCUGGUCGUCCUUAGUGCUGGCGACUCCAUCAACACAAUCAAGGAAAACAUAAAGACUGUGACUAUUGGUCCCACCGAUACACUUGUCACUCUCCUGGAGAACAUGAAUGACUAUUUCCGGUUUGUGGAGGUCUCAGUGAAGCAGUGUCGUAGUAGUGGAAUAGACUGCAAGGUGCAUGGCCUGUCUGUGAUAGGUCGUCUUCGUGCAGACGAGGAUGACAUGGCUGCCAGCUAUACAUUCCUCGCCUCUGACCGCGAAGAUGAAGAUGAGGAUAAGACAGUAACUACUCCCAUCAACAAACGCCGGUCAAAGGUCACCAGCAGCAAGGAGAUACAGACACAUGUGUUCUGCUGGGGACUCAAUGAUAAAGACCAGCUUGGAGGACCAAAGGGAUCUAAGAUCAAGUUGCCCUGUCUGAAUGAGACUUUAUCUGCUCUGCGGUGUGUACAAAUAGCUGGAGGGUCCAAGAGUCUCUUCUGUGUAACACAGGAAGGAAAGAUGUUCGCCUGUGGGGAGGCGACUAAUGGUCGCCUAGGUCUAGGGAUCAGCUCAGGGACAAUCUCUGUACCCCGCCAACUCACCUCUCUCAGUCAAUAUGUCAUCAAAAAGGUGGCAGUUCACUCAGGCGGUCGACACUCUCUGGCUUUGACCACAGAUGGGAAAGUGUUCUCCUGGGGAGAAGGGGAUGAUGGAAAAUUGGGCCACUUCAGUCGCUGGAAUUGUGAUAAACCUCGUCUGAUAGAGGCCCUGAAGUCCAAGCGUGUACGUGAUAUAGCCUGUGGGAGUUCACACAGUGCAGCCAUAACUUCCAAUGGCGACCUGUAUACCUGGGGAUUGGGGGAAUAUGGACGGCUUGGCCAUGGAGACAAUACCACACAACUUAAGCCCAAACAGGUGAAGGCCCUUUCCAGCCAGCGUGUCAUGCAGGUGGCUUGUGGGAGUCGAGAUGCACAGACGCUGGCUUUGACUGACGAGGGUCUAGUUUACUCCUGGGGAGAUGGGGAUUUCGGAAAGCUUGGGCGAGGUGGAAGUGAAGGCUGCAGUGUCCCCCAUGAGAUUGACAGACUACGUGGUCUAGGCGUGUUUCAGAUUGAGUGUGGAGCACAGUUCUCACUAGCUUUAACCAAGGCUGGUCAAGUGUGGACAUGGGGAAAGGGAGAUUACUUUCGUCUUGGACAUGGCAGUGAUGCCCAUGUAAGGAAACCCCAGCUUGUGGAGGGUCUCAAAGGGAAGAAGAUAGUCCACGUGGCUGUUGGAGCCCUCCAUUGCCUGGCUGUAACAGAUUCAGGACAGGUGUAUGCUUGGGGAGACAAUGACCAUGGACAACAAGGGAACAGUACAACCACGGUCAACCGGAAGCCGGCCCUUGUCCAUGGUUUGGAGGGCUACAAGAUCACACGUGUUGCUUGUGGCUCUUCUCACAGUAUCUCCUGGGCAACAACAGACCUAUCAACCCCAACUUCACACGAACCUGUACUCUUCUCAUCCUCCAGAGAUCCCCUUGGAGCCUCAUUACUGGGCAUGAAUGAGAGUGUGGCUGACGAUGCCCAUCCAUCAGCACCCGCACCAUCCACGCCGACCACCAAAGUGAUACGCCCUUCACUUGCCAAGAUCAUCCUAUCGCAGGAGACGGACCUCGCCAAACAACAGGCUCUGGGCCAUGUACUUACAGCACUUCAGAUCACAUACGCAAGGGACACAAUCGUGAACUCUCUCGCGAAGGAACAACUUGCCAUGCCCAUAUCAACUGAUCUUAAAAUGUCCACAAUGUCCACCUCCAUGACCGCAUCCACCCACCAGGCCACCGAUCUGACCAACGGACAGCCAUCUGAGAAUUCAGAAGUUGUUGACCACACAGACAUAGCUCUUUCCAUAGUCGAAUCCACUCACUCUGAUAUCAACACAGAAAUGCCAUCCUUCCCUAGCAUGCAUAGCCUGGCUGCCAAGGUUUCACCUGCCACCAGUAUCAUGGCCGAGACAUUUACAUCAACAGAUCAAGUCACAUCUACCAUAGAGAAAGUUCUGACAUCAUUCCCGUUAGGAUUGGACGAAUUCACAAAUCGUCUGACAGCUGAUGAUUGCCGUGUACUUGUUGACUUGCUUAAAUUAUCUGUGGGGUCGCGAGUUGGAACAAAAGGCCGAGAGACGUUGUCAGAGAUUCUGACAUGUUUGGGAAGGGCAUACCCUGCUGUUUCUGAGAUGUUAUUGGAGCUGUGCGUUACAGAGCUGGAGGACGUGGCAUCAGACAGGGAAACAGGCCGUGCCAUGGCACAACCCGUCGUCCAGGAAAGUCCUCAUCCCUACAUAGACGACACCUCACUGACAGGCCAUGUCAAGAUUCCAGGUGCCGAGGCCCUGCGUGUAGAGUUUGACCGGCGCUGCUCUACUGAACGUCGGCAUGACCCUCUCACAGUGAUGGAUGGGUCAAGUCGUACUGUGACAAUGAGAUCAGGACGAGAAUGGUCUGAUUGGUCCCAGGAGUUGAGGAUCAUGGGAGAUGAACUUCGGUGGAAGUUCACCAGCGACGGUUCAGUGAAUGGAUGGGGAUGGUGCUUCACCGUCUAUCCCAUCAUGCCUGCCGCAGCACCAAUGGACAUGUUGUCUGACCGCACCAUACUGUCACGACCUUCCAUUGACCUUGUGACCUGUCUGCUGGACUUUAACCUCCAGAUGAGUCUGGACAAGGGCAUCGUGGCUAGACUGGCUGCAGCUCUGGCUGCAUGUGCUCAACUCAGCACAUUAGGUGCCAGUCAGAGGAUGUGGGCCCUCCAGAAAUUACGCAAACUCAUGGCCGCCAGUUUUGGUGACCAGUCCAUCAACGUCAAUGCCCUACUGGCCAGUCCGAGUCUGGAGAGCCCAGACCAGGAGAUUCCACGACCAUUUACCAUGUCUUUGAGUGGAUCAUCGUUAGCGUCGCUGGUGAAGGGGUUACCUGAGGCUCUACAGCGCCAGUAUGAGUACGAGGACCCCAUCGUCCGCAGUGGUAAACACCUCAUGCACAGCCCAUUUUUUAAGGUCCUGGUGGCAUUAGCCUGUGACCUGGGACUGGACAGUCUACAGUGCUGUACGGAGGCCCACAAGUGGGUGUGGUUUCGCCGCUACUGUGCAGCAGCCCGCGUGGCAGCAGCGAUGGUGCAGAGGACGGCCUUCCCACCAGUCUUUCUAGAGGAGGUCCGCAAAAAGAUAAAAGACAUAUCUGGUGACGGAGAGGAAUUCACAAAGGCCCACGAGCUACACACCGUCUUUAAACGGGAAAUGGACGAACAGUUGCUUCUAUGGCUAAACAGGAAACCAGAGGACUGGACGCUCUCCUGGGGAGGUAGCGGCCAGAUUCUUGGCUGGGGUCACAACCACAGGGGUCAGCUGGGCGGAGUUGAGGGGGCAAAGGUCAAGUUACCAAUCAGCUGUGAGUCUCUGGCCAAUCUCAGACCAGUGCAGCUAAUCGGAGGAGAACAGACAUUAUUUUCCAUCACAGCAGAGGGCAAGGUGUAUGCCACAGGUUAUGGAGCGGGUGGCCGCCUUGGGAUUGGUGGCACUGAUUCGGUGUCCAACCCUACACUGCUGGAGUCCAUACAACACGUCUUCAUCAAGAAACUGGCUGUGAACUCGGGAGGCAAACACUGCCUAGCCCUGUCUGCAGAGGGGGAGGUGUACUCCUGGGGCGAAGGAGAGGACGGCAAACUGGGACAUGGAAACAGAAGUCCGUGUGACCGUCCACGUGUGAUUGAGUCUCUGCGAGGUAAAGAAGUGGUAGACAUCGCAGCAGGUGGGGCCCACAGUGCCUGUAUAACCUCCAGUGGGGAGCUGUACUCGUGGGGCAAGGGGCGCUAUGGACGGCUGGGCCACGGGGAUAGUGAGGACCAGCCCCGCCCUAAACUGGUAGAGGCAAUGAAGACACACCGUGUAAUAGACAUGGCGUGUGGAAGUGGCGAUGCCCAGACACUCUGUAUCACAGACGACGACAAUGUCUGGUCCUGGGGCGACGGUGACUACGGCAAACUGGGACGAGGUGGAAGUGAUGGCUGUAAGGUGCCCAUGAAGAUUGACUCCCUGCAGGGUCUGGGUGUAAUGAAGGUCGAGUGUGGCUCACAGUUCUCUGUGGCUCUUACCAAAUCUGGAGCUGUGUAUACCUGGGGGAAGGGAGACUACCACCGUCUCGGACAUGGCACUGACGAUCAUGUCCGUCGGCCUCGGCGAGUGUCUGCACUCCAGGGCAAAAAAGUGAUUGAUGUGGCCUGUGGUUCACUUCACUGUGUGGCUUGUACGGAUGCAGGUGAGGUGUACACCUGGGGAGAUAACGAUGAAGGACAACUUGGAGACGGUACCACCAAUGCUAUACAGAGGCCUCGCCUUGUAGCAGCUCUCCAGGGUAAGAAGAUAAACCGAGUGGCAUGUGGCUCCGCCCACAGUCUGGCUUGGUCCACCAAUAAGCCGGUGAGUGCGGGCAAACUUCCAUCGGAUGUGCCAAUGGAGCACAACCAUCUCCAGGGGGUAAAGAUUUCUGCUCUGAGGAACCGCCUUGUCCUGCUCCACCACUUCUCAGACCUGUUCUGUCCAUCCAUUCCGAUGUUUGAUCUACAGGAUCGGAACAUGUCCGAGACAUUGGAUGACAGUGUCCGCGGACUGGACAGUCUGAGAGGUGUCAUUGUGUCAUCAGCAAAGGAGACAGCCUUCAGGAAGGUGGUACAGGCCACAAUGGUACGGGACAAACAACACGGGCCUGUGGUGGAACUCAACAGGAUACAGGUGAAGCGGUCAAGAAGUAAAGGUGGUCUGGCUGGACAAGACGGCAUGAAAGCAGUGUUUGGCCAGAUGAGUUGUAAGCUGGACGUGUUCGGUCAAGACAGCCUGAUGCUGCCUCACCGUGUGUGGAAGGUCAAGUUUGUUGGGGAGAGUGUGGAUGACUGUGGAGGUGGAUACAGCGAGUCCAUAGCUGAAAUGUGUGACGAGCUACAGAAUGGUUCUCUCCCCUUUCUCAUCAUGACCCCUAAUGGACGAGACGAAUCAGGUGCCAACAGGGACUGUCACGUCUUGAACCCAAUGCUGAACAGUGUUCAACAUAUGUCCAUGUUUAGGUUUCUGGGUGUGUUGUUCGGGAUAGCCAUCAGGAGUGGGAGUCCCCUCAGUCUAAACAUAGCAGAGCCAGUCUGGAAGCAGCUGGCGGGGAUGACCGUUACUAUAGCUGAUCUCACGGAAGUAGACAAAGACUUUGUGCCAGGUCUGAUGUGUAUUAAGGAGAUGGACAACGCCGCUCUUGUUGCUGCUGAGAUGCCGUUCAGUGUGCCAAGCUCUUCAGGACAGGAAAUCAACCUCAGCUCAAAAUAUACACGAAUCGCACCAGAAAACAAAGCCGAGUUCAUCCGGCUUGCUAUCAACUACAGACUUCAUGAAUUUGACGACGCGGUGAAGUGGAUAAGAGAGGGUAUGACGAAGGUGAUCCCAGUAGCUUUACUUUCCCUGUUCACUGGACUGGAGUUGGAGACUAUGGUGUGUGGCAGCCCUGACAUUCCUCUGAACCUGCUUAAGUCUGUAGCCACAUACAAAGGUAUAGAUGCCACAGCGCCGCUUGUACUCUGGUUCUGGGAGGUCAUGGAGGAUUUCACAAACACAGAGCGUUCGCUGUUCCUUCGCUUUGUCUGGGGCCGUACCCGUCUUCCACGUACAAUUGCAGACUUCCGAGGACGUGACUUUGUGCUACAGGUGUUGGAUAAAUACAGCCCCCCAGACCACUUUCUGCCAGAGAGCUACACCUGUUUCUUCCUUCUCAAGAUGCCACGCUACUCUUGCAAAAUGGUGCUGCGUGAAAAACUCAAAUAUGCCAUCCACUUCUGUAAGUCAAUAGACACAGAUGACUAUGCUCGCGUUGCACUAACAGGCGAGCUCCUAGAUGAGGACACGCCGGAGGUUAGCGAGGACAUGGAAGAUCUGGAAAGCAUUGACUCUGAGGGAGAGAUUGCCGAUUCCGAUUGCAGUCUGUGAUGAAAGUUAUCGUUAGAAAUACAGUGUAGUCACGCUAGUGAUUUAGGACAGUUGUGAUUGAGGACAGUUGUUUGUCCUUAAAAAGGAUAGGUACAUGUGUCUUUCAUGAUUGUAUCAAUAUUGGUUAUUUCACUGGAUGAAAUGGUUGAAAAAGCCAUGUAAUCUCAAUAUAUAAAUGUUUUAAAGAGAUAGCUAUGGUGGAUAGAAGAUUUCUGAUAGGAGGGCCCCAGACUUCAUUUCAGCCCACCCCUUUUUAAGGUCUGAAGGAUCUGCCACUGGAUAUACUUGUAACAGUGUAUGAAAGGCUUCUGAGGGAAUCUCCAAUGUAUGAGGACUGUGCGGAUGGAGGAAUUCAGAUUUUAGCUGUAAUAUUAUACCAAUAUUUUCGUUACCAGUGUUGAAGUGCAAACUGAGUGCUCAUGCUACAAAUUCUUUUUUUCUUUUCUUGAUUUUAUUGUUUUAUAUCUGUUUAAGGCAAGUAUUGAGGUACCACAUCUGUUUUUACAGUUUCAGUGCUAGUUUAAAUACAAUGUCCUUUAAUAGUAUAUGACAGAAAAUAAAACUAGACCAGUUUUAAUCAUUGACAAAAGUGCUACUAUGAUUGUCAGAAACAAUUCUAGAACUUUUUUCUAUACUUGUAGGGAUCUAAAAUUUGUGUAUAAUUAUACGGAAAGCCUUUUACAACUUACAAAAAUGUUUCAUAUAAAAAAAAGACAAACCGAUUGUUCUGCAUAUAAACGAACAUGCCCCUGAUAUGUACAAUAAGGCCAGGUUUAUCAAGCCGUCACUAAUCUGCAAGUUUCAUCCAGUGUCUUAGAGAACUGAUUGGACAGUUUCUUUAAUAAAUUGCCCCAGUAACGUACCCAGCAAUGUAAUAGUUCGUCCACUUAUGCAGGGUACACAGGUGACCGAGUCGUUGAGGCACCAAUCUGUAGCUAAGUGUUAAAGACAAAUAGAAUUGUUAUUCCAUUUUUGUCUUUCAAAUCAGGUAAACGGACAAACCUUGUUUUAUUUUGAACAUUACUUUUAAAAAUGGUGUGUAAAUAUCAAACUGAAACACUGAUUAUUAAAAUUUAUUAAAAAAGAAAGACAAAUAGAGAAGCCAAAAUUCGUUGGAAGGAAGGGAAAGUGGAACAGAUUAUUUUUGUUUGGCCUAAGGUUGUGGAAAAGAAAGCCAUUGAUAGCGUUAAUAAAGUCAUUGACUAUUUAAAAGUCCAUCAAAUUGAUUGCUCACAUUAGUCUAGUCAGGAGGAGACAACUCUGUGUCAUAAAAUACUUUGACUCUUUGUUCAAUUGGUGUAAAGUUUUCUCAUUUGAUAAUUGUGAACUGUUGAGAUGCCUUGUCCUCCAUAAAUCUGUUACUAUCAUCAUGUGUUCCAGUCUAUAGAAAUGGUGUAGCCACAAUCUCGUUGUUCAUUCUAUUAAUGAAGAUACAUUCAUUCUCAGUCACAUAAAUGGCAGUACAUUUACUGUAUCUGUUUUAGUACAUUUUAAUCAUCACCCGAUUUGUUUUCAAAGGCUACAGUAUUGGGAAUACAAAGUAUGUGUAACUUAUUUAUCAUUAUUUUACACGAGCGUAAUGAACAUUGGUGAUCAUAUCUUGGUCAUUUUAUUUUUUGAUACAUGUAUCUUCGAAGAAGUGUCACGAUGUAUUUAAAUACAAAUUUGGUAUUCAUAGAACCAGACACAUUAUAUAAAGAAAGUUGUCUUAUGAAAUAUGUAUCGCAUGGUCUAGUCAGGAAAGUGGAAAGCAAGAUUUACCAAUGAAAGGGCUUAUAUUGCAUAGCUAUAUCAACUCGCUUUUAUAUCUGUAUUAUUAUCAGAUAAGGAUACAUGCAGGAUUUCUAUCUGUUUGUGGUGCAUUAAACUAAAUUUACUUGCUAAUCAACAUUCAUGUGAAAAUAUUAAGUGUUUGCCUUAUUUAGUAAUGAAAGGAAUUCUACAAUAUAUAUAGCUUUAUACAUAUAUAGGCGUUCAAAGUCCCAUCUGUGUAACCUACCUAAGCUAGUCUAUUCCGUCUUUGCGUAUUGCAGAGUUAUCUUCUCUUGGGAGCAGGUAUUGAUUGUUACGUUAUUGGUUUG